UUUGUAGUUGGUAUAUGUAUCACUGUGACAGUAACGAGCAUGGAGAACCUCAGUUUGUAGCUAUAUUCUCAUCAAGUUCUUCGGACGGGACGUCAGUUGAGUUGUUGGCUAACACCAGUGUCUGAGGCAGUUAGCGCUGAGGAACCGACCGAGACUAUGGCGUCACAGAAGAGGGAGGAAAGAUUGAGAAAAUUCAGAGACCUUCAUUUCAAAAGGAAUGAGGCUCGUAAGCUGAAUCACCAGGAGGUGGUGGAGGAAGACAAGAGGUUGAAGUUGCCCUCUAACUGGGAGGCGAAGAAGGCCCGCCUCGAGUAUGAACUUGUGGUGGACCAGAAGAAGAAGGAGUGUGCAGCACAGGGUGAAGACUACGAGCGUGUGACUCUGCUGGAGGUCAGUGCUGAGGAUGCAGACAGAUGGGAGAGAAAGAAGAAGAAGAAGAACCCUGAUCCUGGCUUCGCAGGAUAUGCUGAGGCUCAGCUCAGACAGUACCAGAGGCUCACAAAGCAGAUCAGGCCUGAUAUGGAGGGCUAUGAAAGGCAGAAACAGGAGUGUGGAGAGGAUUUCCACCCGACUUCCAACAGCCUGCUCCACGGGACCCACGUGCCCUCGAGAGAAGCCAUUGACCGCAUGCAGGAGGACGUGGAGAAACAAAUUGAGAAACGUUCCAAAUACAGUCGUCGCAGGGCAUACAACGAUGAUGCUGACAUCGACUAUAUCAAUGAACGUAAUGCCAAGUUCAACAAGAAGGCUGAGCGCUUCUACGGCAAAUACACUGCUGAAAUCAAACAGAACCUGGAGAGAGGAACCGCAGUCUAGCUGAACGCGGAGGAGGAACCGCUGUCCAGCCUCCCGUCCUGCUGCCACUGUCUUCAUCUUUCUCACCUCAAACAGGCGUCACAUAACAGGAGCAAAUUCCUGCUGUUUUUUCUGCGUUCUAAACUGAUGGAUAGAGCCUGCUAUUAGCAUGUAGAACUUUGGUAUUAUAAAGCAAACCCAGUGAAGCGUGGUUGUUGGUCAUUUUAUGCUUAUUGAUCUCUGUUUUGUCGUGCAUUUUGUGCUGUAUGUUUAUUUUUGAAUCAUCCAUUUGAAUAAAAAAAAGUCCAGUUUAAACAUG